AUGUUGCGACACCUUGGUGGACUUUGGAAAUUGGAAGAGAAAAAAGAAGAAGCAAAAGUGGAUUCGCGAUAUCUCUUGGAGGCAACUUUAAGAACAAACUCUCAAGCCAACGGCAAAGUUCACAUUCACGCGUUAACCGACAUGCACCUCUCUCAACCUCGAGCUGAGUCAGCUGACAACAAUAUGUGA